UCUGCACAGCACAGAUUUACGAUAGACGGCCUCGUUCUACAGCAGAACCUGUCCCCGAUCGAACAAGGACAGUUGCUCUUUUUUUUUUCCACACGAGCCCCGGAAUUAUACGAAAAGCAUUUCCACAGACUCGGGAGAACUGAUUUUUAGUUUGUCGUUUAAAAGUGAGUUCACAAAGUAAAAAAAAGUCACGUUUUUCUUCUGAUAAAAUAAUUUGCGGCACCCAAGGCUGAAGUUCAUCACGGGAGGGGGUUUCUUGUUGUGUAUUCUUUUAGCGCAAAAAAUCAGCACAGGCUAAUAAGGAGGAAUUGCAGAUACCAAGGCGCGCGGUGUCAUGCGGUACGGGUGCUGUGCCUCUAAAUAGCAGGAUGGAGUGCGACGUCGCUAUCGUUUUUCAUGACCAGACUCCCAUGCCCACCGUGCUGUGGGUGCUGGACAUUUUGAAGGCCAAGGCUCCGGAGCUAUUGGUGGAGAUAAGUCACAUCCCAUGCACCGUGCUGCACCUCACGGCCAGCCACAAUGACCUGGUGAGAGGUGCGGAGACCAUGGGCCUGAGGAAGGACAGGCACUGCGAUUUCCAGAAAUUACGAAAAAAUUGGUUUCCCAAGAAGGCUGCAAACUUUGUGCACGCCUACAAUUCUCCCGACACGGACCCCCUCACCUCGCAGGAGCGUCAGGCCAUCAUCUGCCACACGCUGGACAACGUGCGAGCCCGCUCAGGGGAACGCGUGGGCAACGUGAACUUCCUGGAGGGACAGGCCAUCUUUCCAGAGUUGCUGGCCAAGGGAAUGGUGGCUCAAAUUUUCCCUCUCCACGAGCCUCGGGCCCUGGCACAUUUCGCUAAGACAUGGAUGUACGGCUUCUUGGAAAAGCAGCCGCUAGACCAGAUUUGCGAGUACUUUGGGGUGAAAGUGGCCGUGUACUUCGCUUGGCUGGGCUUCUACACGUCGGCCAUGUUCUACCCUGCAUUCUUUGGGCUCCUGCUCUGGCUCUGCACAACCUCCGACCAGACGAGCCAGGACAUCAGCUGCGUGGCGUUCUCGCUGUUCAAUGUGGUGUGGGCGACGCUGUUCCUGGAGGGCUGGAAGAGACACAGUGCCGAGCUCUCUCACAGGUGGGGGACCCUCGACUCGCUGCCCGGCCUGCUGGAGGAGCCUCGCCCUCAGUUUUGUGGCAGGAGGCGCAUAAGCCCCAUCACAGGCCUCGAGGAGUUCUACUACCCUCCGUGGAGACGACGCAUGUUCCGCUACCUCGUCAGCAUCCCCUUGUGCCUCUUGUCGCUGUCGGCCGUCUUUCUGGCCAUGUUUGCGUGCUUUGAGUUACAGGAGUACGUGAAGGCUAUUGACGGCGUGACGCCCUUGAUGCAGUUCCUGCCGAAGCUGCUGCUGGCCCUGGUGGUUUCCCUCCUUGAUGAGGUCUACAAGAGGAUCGCGUUCUGGCUCAACCAUCUCGAAAAUUACAGACUGCAGAAAGCUUAUGAGAAGCAACUGAUAAUCAAGCUCGUCUCGUUCCAGUUUGUGAAUUCUUUCUCAAGCCUCUUCUACAUUGCCUUCUACCUGGGUGACAUGCAGAGGCUCAAGGAGCAACUGGCGGCGUUCUCUCUGGUGACCGAGGCAACUCGCAAGGUGAAGACGGCGCUGCUACCGCACCUCCUCUUCAAGCUCCACCUCCUCAUUAACUUCCUGCGGGGAUAUAACCUCCUGCUCGUAGGCAUGCCCUGGAUCACCGUGCGGCAACUCAAGCCUGCUCUUCACGCUUUGGGCAGCGCCGCCCUGGCUGCACUACGCUGCCGGCCCGCCAACCCUCUACCUAUUUUCCCCACGCCAGCAGCACCACCGCAUACGUACUACAAUCACGAGACCGAACCCGGUGGUUGUAGUGAGGUAUCACAGGGCGCGGAUGGCAUUGGAAGAGCUGUCCCCUGCGUGAACAUGCUCUCCCACGAGGAUAAUAUCGACGAUGACAACGACGACAACAAAAUAAAUGGCUCCACCUCAGAUGUGAGCACGCAAAAUGAGAUCAAAAUAGGCACAGCGCAGAUCGUGAAUUGGACCAGGUCAAAGGGGGCAGUACCCUUGAGCCGUGACGAUCUUGGUGAGGGGACAGCAGCUGGGGAGCAGCUAACAGCAGUGGCAGAGCUGAUGGGGGAGAAGGAACGCAUGGAGGAGAUACAGCUGAUACGGACCGUGGAGAUUGACCAAGAGGUGAAGCUACUGGCGGAGAUGGAGCUGCACGGAAAGGCUCCACCAGUGUCCCAGGUGGUGAUUGAGAGCUGCAUGAAGAAGUACGAGGACACAUUCCAGGAUUACCUCGAGAUGUUCAUCCAGUUUGGCUACGUCACCCUGUUCUCGUCCACUUUCCCGCUCACGGCCCUCUUUGCGUUUCUCAACAACCUCGCUGAGAUUCGCACGGACGCGUUCAAGCUGUGCACGGCCCUGCAGCGGCCGUUCGGGCAGCGCGUCAAGAACAUCGGCAUGUGGCAGAAUAUCAUGGAGGCAAUGGGUGUGAUCGCCAUUGUGGUGAACUGUGCACUCAUUAGCAAGGGUGGCCACCUAGAGAGGCUGUUCCCCUGGUUGCCGGUCAACACCUCUCUGCUGCUGGUUGUGACUUUGGAGCACUUUGCAUUGCUUAUUAAGUACGUGAUCCACAUGGCAAUUCCUGACAUCCCUUAUUGGGUGUUGGAGCGAAUGGCACAGCUCGAGUUCCAGAGGAGGGAAGCAUUGAAGCAUCAGGAGAUGCAGGAAAUGGUGGACCAGGAGCAUCAGGAUGGAGACUCUCUGAAGGAGCAUACCAGCCAGGAAGCCUUGGUGAAGAGAAGAGCUGAAUCACACAGAGAACAUACCACAUAACAGCUGAAAUAGCAUCCAUAUGCAAGCCAUAUUAAAACAUGAUUUAUAAUGUGUAGCGCGCACAGUUUUCGUUCACUCAGAGUGAGAACUAUUCAGAAGCAUGGGAAACCACAGACACGUGGAAACGCAGCCAGAUCCGGUGCUAACAAUUGCCAAGUUUUGUCGUCCUCGAUUGGGAUAUUUGGCCAACUUCAUUAUCGAGUGUGGGAGGAAGCCACACUCAAUCAUCACGGCGUCACACAGCCGCCCUGUCACGUGACUAUGUCAUUACAACGCCACACAAACCGUCCCAAUUGCCACGUGGUUUUGGCAUCACAGCGUCGCACAACUGCCCUGCCACGUGACUGGGGAUUCUUCGUCGUGCAGGAUGCCACCUGUCCGGGUUUAAUCCUGGAAUUGGGAUUUGUGUUCGGGUGGCAGGAAUCGAUUUGUUACGGGAUCUGGUGGUGCUGCGUUCAAUGAUCAAGGCAACCUGCGGCUCCGGAGCUGCGUGUGGAUCUUUAAGGACUGCUUCGUGACGUUAUUCACAUGCAUUGCAACUCUUGACAUAUUGAGUUUUUUUGUAAAAAAAAAACUUAUUUCGGUUGCCGACUCCUGAUCUUGGCUGACAGGAAUAUGUAUGGAUGUGGUCUAUGGGAAAGGUGGAAACCUUCCUCUUCGGGUCUCUACACCUCUGGGUCGGCAUCCAUACUCGGCUCCCACACGGGGACACCUGGACAUCUGUAAAAAAGAGCCUCAUAGCUCAUUGGAUUUCUCCACUCUAAAUAAAGAU